GGGUCGCGGGGUGUUCGAGCCUAUUCCAUCUGACUUCGGACGGAAGGUGGACUACACUCUGAAUUAGUCGCCAGUCAGUCGUAGGGCACCUGUGUAUAUAUACAUAUAUACAACUAUUAGCAUUUACAUUUACUGGACCCACGCUGCUUGCACCGAAGACGGGCGAAUGUACCACUACCCCAUCAUUGACUGAGGGUGCUCUUCCAGACCAGCUUUUUUACGCCCUACUCCCUUUUUGUGUUAUUUUUUUUUCCCCCUCCCCCAAUUUUCUUUUUUUGUUUGUUUUGUUUUGUUUGUUUGAUUUUACAUAACCGUCUAAGAGGCUUCACCUGGUGGCUUAAAUGGUCUGCGUUGGGACUGUGCCCAUUGACGGACAUCGGGCUCGCACGUCCAACUAAUCAUACCAGAAAACAUGAGCUCAGCCAAGGCCAGUGGGCUCAAAGGGCCCAGUAAGAUAGCCAGGGGGCCAGGCACCGGUGCACCAAAGACCAACCCAGGCACAGGAGGUAAAGUUGCUACGGCCGACAAAUCACCCACCGGCGUGGAAGACAACCACGAUGGCAGCGAUGGCUUCCAGAUGGGCGAGCGCGUCUGGGUGAACGGGACCAAACCGGGCUACAUCCAGUUUUUGGGAGAGACCCAGUUCGCUCCGGGACAGUGGGCGGGCAUCGUUCUGGAUGAGCCAAUCGGGAAGAACGAUGGCUCGGUGGGGGGUGUGCGCUAUUUCCAAUGUGAGGCCCUGCGAGGGAUCUUCACCCGUCCGUCCAAGCUGUCGCGCACCGAGGGUGAAGGCGACGGCACUCAGACGGCGCCGCCUUCCCGUGCCGCCUCGCCAGCCCUGUCCAUGGGCAGCCUGUCCUCUCACAUACCUGCCACCAAAUCCACAUCAGCCAAGAAGCCCUCGACUUCUGCUCCGUCCGCGACGCUGGCCGCACAGUCUUCCAACUUGGUUCGCGUCAACAGCGAAUCUAUUGCCAACCUGUCAGAGAGCGGCUCAGUCAAGAAAGGGGAACGGGAGCUCAAGAUGGGGGACCGUGUGUUGGUUGGCGGAACAAAGGCGGGAGUGGUGCGCUUCAUCGGAGACACGGAUUUUGCGAAAGGCGAGUGGUGUGGAGUGGAGCUGGAUGAGCCUUUGGGGAAGAAUGAUGGCGCAGUAGCAGGCACCAGGUACUUCCAUUGCCAGCCCAGGUAUGGCUUAUUCGCGCCGGUGCACAAGGUCACGCGCAUCGGCUUCCCAUCCACCACGCCUGCCAAGGCCAAGGCUGCGGCUCGCAAGGCUGCCGCCACGCCAGGUGGCCUGAAGCGUAGCCCCAGCGCCUCCUCCAUCAGCACCAUGAGCUCCGUGGCCUCUUCCAUCAGCGCCAAGCCCAGCCGCACUGGCCUGCUGACAGAGACGUCAUCGCGAUACAACCGCAAGAUCUCAGGCACCACGGCCCUGCAGGAGGCUCUGAAGGAGAAGCAGCAGCACAUCGAGCAGCUCAUGGUGGAGAGGGACAUGGAGAAGGCCGAGGUGGCUAAAGCCACUAGCCACGCUGGGGAGAUGGAGCAGGAAAUCACACUGCUCAGGAAUGACCAAGAGCAAAUGGAGGCCAAGAUGGAUCAGUUACGUGCCUUGGUAGAAGCAGCAGACAAAGACAAAGUCGACCUGCUCAACCAACUCGAAGAAGAGCGGAGAAAGGUUGAGGACCUUCAGUUCCGUGUUGAGGAAGCAUGCAUCACCAAAGGGGACCUGGAGACGCAGACCAGACUGGAGCAUGUCCACAUUAAGGAGCUUGAACAGAGCCUGCACUUUGAAAAGACCAAAGCUGAGAAGCUCCAAAGAGAGUUAGAAGACACUAGGGUUGCCACCGUGUCGGAAAGAUCCCGCAUAAUGGAGCUGGAGCGAGACCUCUCACUUCGCACCAGAGAGCUCGCCGACCUGCAGCUCCGUCUCGGUUCCCAGCAGGCCUCUGGUGGUGAUGACGCUGGCGGCAUCUCUCCCCUCCUGGAGGAGAUCACCUCUCUGAGGGACCGGCUAGCUUCGCUGGAAGCCGAGCGACGAGAGGAGCUGGCCAAGUUCCAGGAGAAGCUGGAGUCUCAAGACAAGGCGCACACAGAGGCAGCAGCCCAGUUCCAGGCCGCCACCGUCAUUCUCUCAGGCGACAAUGAGCAGCUACGCAUGCACCAGAGCCAGGCUGAGAAGGAUAACGCCGACGUUCUAGAGAGGCUGAACCUGGAGCACGGUCUGGCUCUUGAGGAGGCCGCCGCUGCCCACGCUCAGGAGAUAAGAUGCCUAAAGGAGCGACUGUCCUCCCUCGCCGAAGACAAGGAGCGCCUGGACGAUGCACUGCGCUCCGGCGUGGACAAAGCUGAGAACCAGCACCUGGUGGAGAUGGAGGACGUCCUCGGGAAGCUCCAUGCUGCCGAGCUCAAUGUGAAGGAGCUGGAGGACACAAGAGCUGAGCUAGCGCGGCAGGCCCAGGGUGAGAGAGAAACCAAAGAGAUGGUGGCACAAAUGGUCCGCCGUUUGUGUUGCGGCCAAAACAACCGGAAGGCACAACUAGAUGAUGUUCAGAACAAAGGAAACUCACAGGGAACUGAGUUAGUUGGUGAACUGAGCUCACUGUUGGAGGGCAAAGAGAAUGAAAUCCUGUCGCUGCAGCAAAGUUCGACCAUUGUGGAGCAGGAGAAAAAAGCUGCGGAGCAGCAGCUUGUAGGGCUGAAGCAGAAGUUGUCUGAAAGCACAAAGGAGCAGACUAAAUCUGCAAAAACUAUGCAAGAAACCCUUGAGAAACUCAGCAAGAAGGAGGAGCAGUGCACAACUCUUACCACGGAAUCAGAGUCUCUCAGGAGUCAGCUUAAUGGGCUGGAGAGGAAGUUAGCGGGUUCAGACGAGAAGGUGCGUCAACUUGGCGAGGACAAGAGCAAACUAGAGAAGGACAUUUUGGACAUGAUGACAGCGUCCGGUGACAACUCAGUGCAGUUGACCAAAAUGAACGAAAAUCUCCGGCAGAAGGAAAGGAAGUUAGAGGAAUUGCAGAGUGAGCUGGCAGAGGAAAAGAACAAAGUGGACCACUCCAAUGAGCAACAUGAGCAGGAUCUCUCCUGCAAAGACCAGCAACUGUGUGAAACACGAGACAGCUACAAUGCUCAAAUAAAAAAGCUCCAGGAGAAGAUUGCAACAUUGAUGGAGUGUGUGCAGCAGGGUGCGAGUGAGGCCGAGGAGCUGAAGGCAUCUCGGGAGAAGGCUCUCUCCCAGGCCUCCGAGCUCCACGGCCAGGAGGUCCAAAGGCUGAAGGAUGAGCUGGACAACCUGAAGCAGGAGUUAUCCUCCAAGGAACGGAGCCAGGAGCUGGAGAAAAUGGUGUCUGAACUGCGGAUUUACAAGGAAAAGCUUGAGCAUCUUUCUGCUGAGCUCGACUCCUCCAAGCAUGACGUUGAAUGCUUGUCUACAAAGCUGGAAGAGCAGACUGCCGAUCUGGAGCGCAAGUGUCAGGAUAGAGAGAAUGCUAACGCUGAGAAAUGCAAACUGGAGACGCAGCUCUCAGAGGUGCAGAGCAAGCUUUCUGCUCUCCAGGAGCUUUCUGUCCAGAAUGAGGAGCUCCUCGUAACCGUAGCGGAGCUCUCGAAGGGUAGGGAAGAAUUACUUGACAGCAACAAGCGCUCUGAGGAAAAAAGAACCUCUCUGAACGACCAGUUGAAGAAGCUCAAAAAUUGUCAUCAGGAGGCACAGGCUGAAAACACCAAUCUGAAGAGCACCAAUAUCAAACAGCAGUCUGAUCUUGAGGAGCUCCAGAAACAAAACAAGGAGAAGGAUGCCACGCUGGUGAAAUACCAGCAGGAUGCUCAGCAAGUGGACGGUAAGAAGCAGCAGCUGCUGGAGGACUAUGAAAACAUUUGCAAAGAGCGAUACAGGUUAGAGGAGGACCUCAAGGAAAGCAGGUCUAAACUCGGGUGUGAGAACGACAAGCUCAUCUCAGAGCGAGAUGCAGCCCGAAAAUCCAAAAAGUGUCUGGAUGCUAAGAACGCAGAGUUGCAGGCCAAGCUACAGUCACUCAAAUUGGAGAAAGAAGAUCUGACAAUGAAGAACAACCAGCUGCAGGUUCUCUCAGAAACUUUAAGCAAAGAGAAGACUGUCAUGUCUUCUAAAAUUAAUACUAUCACAUCAGACAAAAAGAACCUUGAGGCGGAGAAUGAGAAACUCCAGAAUAAGCUCAGUCUCACCAAGAAAGAGCUGGACAGCUCCAUCUGCGAAUGUGAAGAUCUGAAAGCGUCUCACUUCAGCCUGGUCCAGAUGCUGGAGGAGUCUAAGACCACCAGCCAGGUGACAGAUUCCGAAAGGCAUCACCUUGUGCAGGAGAAGGAGGACUUGCUCGCCGCUCAGAGGAAAGCCUUUAAGGAGAAGGAGGAACUGCUAAAAUACACUGAAGAGCUGAAGGAAAAGAUUGAAGUUUCUGCUCAGCAACUGAUUCUGUCUGGUGAAAAGCUGAAAGAGGGUUCUGCGUCUUUGGAGCAAGAAAGGCAGAUGUUCCGCAUGCAGAAUUCCGAAACCUCUGAGGCUCUGUAUGCGCUGAGGAAAGAGAAACUGAACCUUGAAGCGGAGCUCGAGCAGCAUAAGACCGAUUACGAGCAUCUUGCUGGAGAGAAAGGUGAGUUAGAAGCGAAGCACAUGAAGGCUACAGCUGAUGUUAUCGCCCUUUCACUGGAACGGGAUAAACUAGUGACUGACGUCCGAGCCACAAAGGACCAAUUGGACAGCUUCGCCAGAGCACAUGACAAUCUCAGUCAGGAGAAAUCUCGUUUAGAAGGGAUACUUAAGGAAACGACAUGCAAAAAAGAUUCAGCUGAAGCAGAGUUGACAUCCAUGAGAAAAGAAAAGGCUGACCUCCAGAGCGAACUUGAGAAACGUUCCUCCAAUAUUGAACUCCUAGAAAAGGCCAAAGCUGAUCUUACUCAAGGGCACGGCGAGCUUGAAAGGGAUCUUGAUAAAUUCACGUCUGAACUUAGUCGGCAAGUCGACGAACACACGAAACACCUGGAGUUGUCAGAAACUGAAAAGAAGCAGCUCCUUGAGGAGAUCCAGGAGCUUAAAAAACAGACUGCGUUAUUGUCCGAGGACAAGCAUCACCUAGAGAAGCAGUUCCAGGCAGAGUCCAAUAAACGGACUCAUGCCAUCGAGCAAUCGGUAGAGCUGCAAAACAUCUUGUCGCAACUUCAGCAGGACAACGACGACAUGUCCUCUCAACUUAAGAACACAGAGGAGCAAAAUAAGUCUUUAAUGGCAGAAACGGAUAUGGCAAAAGCAUAUCUGAAGGAACAAGAGCUAGUUACCCUCCGCUUGUCAGAAGAGAAACGAGAGCUUUUAUCCAAACUGGAAGCGAUGAACAAACAGUUGUUGGCCCUAAAAACAGAGGAGGACCACCUCAUAGCCAGAUGCAGUCGCUCAGAGCAGGACAUUUCCCAAUGGCUUGCGGAGAAGUUGCAGCUCAUCUGCAAGCUGGAGAAGUCGCAGGAGGACCUCAAGGCCCUCCAAGCGGAUGAGGCCGCCCUGGAGAAGCAGCACCAAGAGACUGUCGCUGAGAGAGACCAGCUCCGGUCCCAACUUGAACAGGUCAUUGCUAAGCAGCCCAAGGCCUCUGAGGCUUCCGGUCAGACUGCCGAGAUUCUUGAGCAGUUGACAAAGGAGAGAGACACCUUGCUCCGAGAUAAGAGUGAAGCUCAAGUUCUCCUGAAGGACCUUCAUACUUCCAAGCAGGAGAUGAAGACACAGUUUGAUGCGCUGAAGCAAGACCAAUCAAAGUACCAGCAAGAGCUGGCCGCAUCCAAAGAGCAACUUUGUGCAGAAAGCCAGAAGACGGAGAGUCUCUCCCGGGAAAUCGAGGAGCUCAAAGAGGCUGUGUCAGUCAAGUCGCAUUCCCUCCAGUCACUGCAAAACGAGAAGGACAGGCUGACUCAGGAUGUUGAGAACAAUCACCAAGACCACGGUGAACUUAUCAAGCUCAAGGAAGAGCAGUCAAAACUCCAAGCACAGUUGAAGGAGUUGAAGCAAAGUGAGAGCACCUUAAAGGAGAAGAUGGACAAGGAGAAUGCAGCUGUCCAUAAAAACAGUGCCUUAGUGUCAGAGAAGGAGGAGCAGAUAGAAGCCCUGAAGAAAGAGCUGUCUGCCGUGCGUGAGCAAAGUGCCUCAUCCCAAACAUUGCAGAAGGUCAUCGAUGUCUUGGAACAGGACAAAGCUAAACUCAAGGAACAAGUGAAGCGGCUGGAGCAGGAGCCGUCCACCCCCUCAGGUGACGCCGUUGUGGACCGACUGCGGGACAAGGACACGGAGGCUGAGAUUGACUUCCUGAAUUCAGUCAUCGUUGACCUGCGGAAGAACAACUUGGACCUCAAGGACCAGUUGGCGAAAAUGGCCGCCGCCGCUCUCAACGGGAAUAACGCUAGCGAGCUGGACGACGAUGACGGGGAGGACAAGGAAUCUGCCAAGAAGAAGAAGAAGAAGAAGAAGAAGAAGCCUGUCCCUCCUCGACUGUUCUGCGACAUCUGCGACUGCUUCGACCGUCACGAAACGGAGGACUGUCCAGCACAGGCACAGAUGCCCGACUCGCCGCCGCACACCACCUACCACGGCAGCAAGGGCGCCGAGCGGCCGUACUGCGACAUCUGCGAGGUGUUCGGCCACUGGAGCCAAGACUGCAAUGACGACCGCACCUUCUGAGCACAGCCCAGUUUGUUUGUGCGUGGGUUUUGUUUGUAAUUUAAAAGCAACUUGAGGGCUAAAUGCGUCGUUGUUGUUUGCACAGCUUGUCACACUGAUCACAAAACGUUGGGGACAUUCAGCUGAAAUUUCAGGAUGAACAUAGAAUACCUUAUAACCUUAACAGAUGAAAUUCAACUGAGCUGAGUGUCAUUAGCAGGUUCCAACAGAGACUGGAGGAGUCACAGAAAGCAGGUUAAGUUCAUCUGUAAAGAUUGUAGUGCGUAUUAGGUUCAAGAAAUUUCACCCCAAAGCCCAAUAGCUAAACUUUUUGUGACUAGUGUGUAUAUAUAGAUAUCUAAAUAUUUUAAAAAAUGAUUCUAUAAAGAAGAACAAUGGCGUGACAAUUGGGGAGCCAUAGUGAAUUUUACUAUGCCUGGAAAUAGUUUUUUAUUGAACUUUGAUAGGGUGCAUGCAGGCAGAACACUUGAAAGCACUUCCUGGCUUGUUCUUUCUACUUUGGCUUUUCUGUACAAAUGAAUAAAAGGUGUGUGUUGAAAUUAA